UGCCCCCGCCGGGUGGUCGGAGAGAUGCGCGUGUCAGUGAGCGGCGUGUUUUUCUUUCUCGUCCUCUUCCUGGUCUCCUACAACGGCACGCUCCUGUUCGUCACCCCACUGCUCCUGCUCCUGCCCGUCUCCCUCUCCGUCUACAGACGCUGGGUGGACUAUAUCCUAGCUCUCUGGUACCACCUGGGUCCAGCACUGUUGGAGCUACUGUAUGGGGUUCGUGUGAGGGUAUGUGGAGACUUGCAGCAGAUCCAGGGCCCAUGUCUGAUCAUCCUCAACCACCGUACGAGGUUUGACUGGCUCUUCUUUUGGAGCUACAUCAUCCGCAUGGGCACUCCUCCAAAACACAAGAUCGUCCUCAAAGACGCCCUCAAGAAAAUACCCGGCAUUGGGUGGGGAAUGCAGGCCUGCCUGUUCAUAUUCAUCUCACGGAACUGGUCCAGAGACAAGAAGACUCUCUCCGACAACCUGGCCUACUACUCCAGUCGUGGCUACCCACUCCAGCUCCUCUUCUUCCCCGAGGGAACCAACCUCUCCAAACACACUCAACUCAAGAGCCACAAGUUUGCCGCGGAAAAUGGCCUUCAGAAGUACGAUUUCGUCCUCCAUCCACGCACGAUGGGAUUUGUACACUGUCUUAGGGAAUUCAGAAAGGGGGUGACCCCUCCGAAUAUUGUCAAUGUGACGGUAGGAUACGUGGGGAGUAUCCCUGAAAAUGAGAGUGAUAUAGUGGCAGGACGGUGGCCGAGAGAGAUACAUUUCUGUGCCGACACGGUGCCCCACUCUCAGAUACCCUCGGGAGAGGAGGAGCUGGCAGACUGGCUGAAUCAGUGCUGGCAGAACAAGGAGGAAGCUCUGAAACAGUUCUACAGAGAGAAGAGGUUCCAGCGACCAUACCUGGACGAAACCGGAUCAACUCGUAUCAAACUCGCCUUGAUCUCGGUGCUGGUGUUCUGGGCCAUCUUCUUGGUCCUAUCGUUGUAUGUCAUUGCCUCCUAUCCCUGGAUGAUGCUGGGCCUGUCAGUGUUUUACUUCACCGUAGCAGUCUUGGGUCCCGGGCUGGACUGGGUGAUAUUGCAACUCCACCAGAUGACCUACCAGGCUAAGCUCUUUAGCAAGACCUGA